AUGGAAAAGUAUAAAGAAAUACUAACCAAAUUAAAAUGGAACAAAAACAAAAGUUGUGACAGGUACCAAUUUGGGAUGUUCGAAAUUGAUAAGAGAGAAGUGUUCAUAACAACAGAGCACUCGUACGGAUUUGUAAAUAACAAGCCACUUCUUCCGGGUCAUAUAUUAUUAACAACUUUAAAAAAAAAGGCAAGGUAUAAUGAUUUAGAUAUAGAAGAAAUUAUAGACAUUAAUUUGUUGUCAAAUUUUAUGUGCCAUGUCAUGGGAGUUUUACAUAACACGACAAAUUUUUCGAUAGCAAUUCAAGAUGGGAAGGAUGCAGGUCAAACGGUCGAACAUGUUCAUAUUCACAUAAUACCAAGAAAAAGUUCUGACUAUCAGAACAACGACAAUAUAUAUAAAGACAUGAAUAAAUUAAAUUGGGGUUAUGGGCGAGAUGUCAUAUGUACAUCGUGCAACAAUUUUGUAAAGGUUCCUUCACAAACACACACCGAGGAGACAUUUAAAUUGGAGGAAUUCAACACCACACUUAGAUCCAUUGAAGAAAUGGAAAAAGAAGGACGCAUGAUCAAGUCUUACAUUGAAAACAAUUUUGCAAAAUCUUAA